AUGGGGAGAGGAGAGCCUCUAGACGGGCACCACUGGGAGGAAGCAGACCCCCCACCUCCAGAGUACUGGGGAGAGGAAGGAGAUCCCUACUGGAUGGACCGGAGGCCCCCUCCUCAUGGCAUGAGAGGAGGCCCCCGAGCCCCCUUCCCCCCUGGGCGUGGUCGCCCCCCACGAGGCAGGCCCGGCUUCAUGCACCAGGGGGGUCCCAGACGCCCCCUUCCUCCUCCUCACGGAGCCAUGGACCCCCAUGACCCUCUAGGAUCCCCCAUGGGGCCUGACGAUGACAUGGACCCUCUGGGACCCCCGCUGCAUCGGGACUACAACRCCCGAGGGCCGACCAUACACCACGAUAUGAUGGAGCGAGACAUGAGGGGGCGGCCUCCUCCGCCUAGAGAGAUGAUGGACAGAGAUAUGAUGGGGCCUGGUGAUCCUCCAUACCACGACAUGGAUAGGGACCUUGGCUGGCCCCCGGGCCCAGGAAGACUCCCCAACCACGGCAGAGUCGGGUCAAGAGGUCCCCUUGAGAUGAUGAUGGAGCGAGGGGGGAUGAGGAGGCGUCCGAUGGGCCCUCGGGGAGCCCCGAUGGGCAGGGGCCGGGGCAUGAUGCAGCAACCACCUCACCCACACGAGGAGAUGGAGGGGUACCCCCACGACGGGUACGGGGAGGAGUUUGGUGGUCCUGAUGAUGACGGGUAUGGAAGACCGCUACCACCACGUGACUGGCCGAACCGCCCGCCACAUGAAUACGAGCGUGAGGAGGAGUUUUAUCCCCAUGAACAGCCUCCUCGUGGUGGGGAAUGGGACAGGGAGAGAGGAGGACCACUACCAGAGAGAGACUACCCUCCCUACCCUCCCCCAGGCCGCUUCAGAGAGGACGAGUGGACUGAUGAAAGGGACCAAGACCGUCCUCCAUACGCCUACGAGGGAGACCGAGAUCGURCUCCAUACGCCUACGAGGGAGACAGAGACCGUCCUCCAUACUCCUACGAGGGAGACAGAGACCGUCCUCCAUAUGCCUACGAGGGAGAAGAGCACGGAAGAGGAGGCAAGCUACCAAGUCGCGACUACCCGGACGACCCUCCUUACCGGCACGAUGAAACCCCCUACUUGCCCCCUUCAGAGUGGGAGAGAUCAAGACCACCCCUUCCGGAGAGAAACUACCCCCCAGACUUUGAGGAGCAUAGGCUCCAUUACGACGGGCGAGCCGAACCACCUAGAUCAGAUCUAGGUAUCCCUCCACCCACAACUUCCCAGGCCCUUGCUCCUCCCAGUACUGGACCAGACAGUUCCUCYGAACCAGCCUCACAGGGAACUGGACCGGGCAUACUGGCURUGUCACAACGACAACAUGAGAUCAUCCUGAAAGCUGCCCAUGAGCUGAAGCUUAUCAGGUAA